CGGAUAGUGUGUCGCGGUGGCACCAAGAUGCGCGCAAUGACUUCAUCCAGGUCUGUCUCAUCCGCUCUCUAUUCUUCUGUACGAUUGUUGAGUCACUCGAGCCCCUCUCAUAACGAUCGAUCGAUAUCAACCAUAACAAGAUGUCUUGGAAAUCGAUCGCACUCCAUCUGCUCGCCGCGAAUGCCUUGGUCCUUGGGCAUCCGCUUGGCCAUUCUAUGUCGGCAGCAGCAGCAAAAGCGGAGAGCGAAGGGUUGCGCGAAGCCGUUGCAGCACCAACAGCUCGGGUCAUCACCACCUUUCACCACACGCACAAGGUGCCGGCCAAGUGGGAGCCUAAUCGCAACUACCUCGAAAAGGUCAAGGAUGAGAUCAGCCUUUCGGAGCACGUAUUCUAUCGUCAUCAUCCAGAUCACGGUUGGACCGUGUUCAAUGGCAAUGAGCAAAAAAAGCCAAAGACGGAGCCUCCUUUGGACUUCAUCCGCCAAGCGUACGGGCCCUCCAUGAGGGUCACGGAAGAACCGGUAGAGAACAUCCCCGCAAUGAAGUCCCGCUACUGA